UUAAGAUAGCUUCAGAUAUAUUUCCUGUCGUCGUGUUACAACCUUCGUGCGCCAGCCAAAAAGAAUAUGGCGAAUUUAUCUAAUCCAAAUGAUGACUUUUAUCUCAUGAUCAUUCAAGACAAGGAAUACUGGUUGAGCUUAGCUGUGGUUGGAUUUAUUUUAGCAAUUGUUAUCAUCGUAGGAAACUCUAUUCUUUUGUUCACAACUUACAAGAAUCCGCGACGCUCUCUUCGUACACCGCCAUCUUAUUUGAUCACGAAUCUUAGCGUGUCAGAUUUACUGCUGGGGCUAAAUGUCCUCGUCGUGGCUAUAAGAGAUGUCUAUCGAUCUCAACUUCAACAGAUGCCGUCUGCGAUGCUUUUUAGAGCAAUAAUAUACACAGUUGUCACGACGACUUUGUUCGUGAGCUCUUACUCGAUCAUAGCCAUGUCACUAACUUGCGACAUAGCAAUCAGCAAACCGAUGGAAUACAAAUCCAUUAUUACCAAGCGAAGAACCAAGAUUUUUAUAGCUGUGUUGUGGCUGAUAUCGUUAACAACGUGCAUUCUUCCUGUGACAAAUGUUUCGGAGGAAACGUAUACCUUAAUUUAUCUUCACACUCACGCUACUCUGCCGGCCAUUUUAUUGACGGUCAUCUAUGUACAUGUAUUUCGCGCGCUUGGUAAAAGAACUCGCGAACUGCAAAAGGAUGGCUACGACUCGAUAGCUGCAAACUCACUGGAAAGGAAGCGUAAUAUGGCUGUCACAAUCAUCGUCAUUCUCGUGUUGUUUUUCAUCACGUACAUGCCUCAGUAUAUCACUUUACACUUACUGUACUUCUGCGAAUCAUGCCGAGACUCCAAAACUUUUCAUAUGAUUGACGUGGUAUUGUCUCGCUUUUUGUAUAUCAAUUCUGCUUUAAAUCCCUUUGUUUACGCCUGGAGGGUUCCUAAAUAUCGCAGGGCAUUUAGCGAUUGCUGGCAGAUGUGCACUGGUAGGCAUAUUUUUGAUGGAUCGAGCUCGUACAUAUCUUCGUUUCGCUCUACCAGAAGACAAACUGAGAAAAUUGGCGUUAGCCCUAAAAUUGGACGGGAUAAGCCCAGAGGUGUAAGUGACCCAUCUGAAAUGACCAGUCAGUUUUAGAAUAAAUAAGAUUAGAAAAAAAGGAUCCCUUAUGUUGACAAGAAGUCUCUGUCCUUGAGCAGCUAAUUGCUGAAGAUCACUAACAGAGUAUUUGGCAGGAAACUUUCAUAAUUUUUAUGCUCAAUUAUUUUAUGCUCCAAUUCCAUUCCGUUCCAAUCUUCUCCAUCUUCAGCCUUCUGUUAGCCAUCUCUCUCGUUUUUGUUGUGUUUUUAUUUCUUACAGAACUAAUAUUUUUCCGUCUUCUACAAGUUGUGACAGUUGUGGAUGAUGCUUAUAUUAUAAAUAUUUAUAUGCCUUUUUUUAUAAAAAAUAAAUUAAAACUGAAAAGCAAGGUUUAGUACGUGUUAAUGUAGUGGCUAAAAGCCAAGAAUUAUCUAAGAUUUUGAUAAAAGCGGCUAGUCAAAGGGUUUUUCGUUUGUCAAAAUAAAUAAUUCUUGGACAAC